CUUUCAUUAGCACUUUACAAACAAUUAUAUAGGACUAGCAUGCAUAUAUGGUGUGUAUCCCACAAGUAAUACAUCCAGCCCUGUAACUGAGUUUAUGCUUUGGGACAUUUAUCAUAGGAAUUGUUAUAACCAUAUUUAUCAUUAACAGCUGCUUUAUUCAAAUAACCAUUGGGUUCUCCAUUCAUCACGCAUAAAAUAACUCUACAACCUUGCUUUGCUCUGUGCUGCAAACUAAUAGUGGAUACCUAGCAAAGGAGUUUUAAUGCUGGCUGCUGUUGUAUUUGUUUACCGUUUGCUUCAAUCUUUGCUUCUUUGUUUGACAUGAUAUAACCUGUACAUGAUGUAUGCUUUUUUUUGGUGGGAGGGGCUUCACGAUGUAAUCAGGAUUGGAAUUAUUUUAGUUACACUUGAAAGACAAAACACUUUAUAUAUAGCACGCAGCUAGAAAUUUAAAAUUAAUUCAUUAAUCGUAUAGUCAAGUAAAGAUCGGUCAGCAAUCAAUAUCCCCAUGUUAUACUUUAUCAAUGGUCUUAAAUUUGCUUUUAUUGGAACAUAAAAAAAAUUAAAGUUCAAAUUUCUGCUAAUGUGUUUUAUGUAAGUGUUUUCUGUUAUGAUAAUAGCAUUUGUUUUGCUUAUUAUAUCUUAAUUUGUUUACUUGAACAUGAUGUAAGGAUAAAUAACCGCUAGGUUAUAAGAUUAUGUUAAAGGCCUGAUUUGAUCAAAAAAGGUUAACUGUAAACUAUAUUGAUAAUAAUGCACUUUUCUACUUUUUAUAAUUUUAUUUUUCUUCUCUUAUUCUACUUUUCUACCAGUCUUUUCUCUGUCUGGAUAAGAUCCGCAAUCCUUCUUUGUGAUAUCUACUCUGUGUACUCUGUUCAUGAGACCCACUCUUGCUGUUAUCUGCUGAAGAGAUCCAUUUAUACUGUGUUCUCUUGAUGAUACCCACUCUUGCUGCACUAUCUGGAUAAGACCACUCUUUUUCUGAUCUUUCUGGCUGAGAUCCACUUUGGCUGCUCGUUCUGAAUAUGAUUGCCUCCUUAACACUUGAAAGCAAAAUCAGCUCUCUCUUCUAAUAAUAUCCUGUCUAGCUGCAAAGAUAUCUUUACUUGCUGAUGCUUCUGAAUGAGGUCCACUAACAUUGCUUCUGAAUGAGAUCAACUGUGUUCCUUCUGAAUGUAAAUUGGUUGUCUUAGUCUUCCUCAGUGUGAUCUUCCAUCCUCUCUGUGUUUGCAUGGAAUCCACUCUCACUGGUCUUUCCGCUUGAGAAACAUUUUUUUUUUUUUUUUAAAUUCUGCAUGAGAUUUCACACCGCCUUUUUUGGCUAAAGUUCUUCAGCUUGCUCCUACAUGAGUAUAUUUCUUUCAAACUGUUUUUGUGGUUUAUUUACAGCCGGUAGAGAACUCAAAGUGGUGGUGAACACCAAUGAUCCGGAUUAUGAGCAUGUGUAUUCCAUAGAGGAUUACCACGAAGGCAUGGACGAGGAUGGGACCGAGAGCACUCUGCUGUCUGAUGAUAAGACAAUACCAACAGCGACUGUUACUCAUGAACGAAGGAAAAGAGAUACUUCAGAAUACGAUAUCUGCAGCUUGCCCAUGCAGGAGGGAGACUGUGGCAAGUUCACCUUGAGGUGGUAUUACAAUCGCUUGGUGGGAGAGUGUCGUCCAUUUGUGUACAGUGGCUGUGGUGGAAAUGCCAACCGGUUUGAUGAGAAGGAGCUGUGUGACUUGCAGUGUGUUCAUAGGAAGGAAGAAAAACCACAAGACGGUAGCGAAAACACUAAGAAAACUGGAUUAAAUGCAUAAUGUAAUUUUAAAAUGUUAUGUGUGAUUGUGAAAACCCUGAAAACUGCAAAGUUUGGAAAGAACUGAGACUUGAGUUCCUGAGCUGUUACAUCUGGGAAAUAUUGGUGUGUUUUAAAAAAAAAUAUUAAUAUAAUUACAGUGGCUGCAACUUGCAUUACAUGAUGUAUCGUAGUUGUUUUAAUGUUGUUUUUUUUAGCAGAGAAAUGGUGCUAUUUUUAUACUAUUUUUCUACCUAAAGUGAAAGUUUUAUCAAGUGAUAACGGCUACAGAAUUUCCAAAUAAAUUAUUUUGGCCUAAAUUAUGAAAUUCAGUUCAGUGAACAAAUGCUAUUGAUGUGCAAAAUAACCAUUAAUCAUCCAAAAUGUUUAUUAUAUUUUACCGGUCUAUAAACACACCCCAAGAACUAAUUGCAAUAUUUUUUAUGACUUUUUUAUGACUCUCCAGCAUCAACAAAAAAACUUGUCAAUUGUGUCUAUUCUUCAGUUGUCCAAUUGUUACAGAGUUCUGCUUCAUUGUUUUUGAGGUGGCCUUGUUUUUGGUAUUUGUUUUAUUAUUUUGAUUUUAUUUUUUGCAAAUUACUAGUACAGUAGUAUUAGUUGUAUACACUCACAGUGUUAUAUGCCAUCUCUAAAUUGGGGUGA